GUUCAGUCAGUCGUUCAAUCUCUUGGACAGCGCGGCGUAACCAAGACUCCAUGUGCACGUGUACUGCGACGCAUGAAGCGGGACCGCCUCAACUGGUUCAGAUGAACAUCAGUGUUAUGUAUCCCCCUUCAAUCCCAAAGUUCAAAGUAAACGGUAUACAAGUUGGCACCACGAUCAGAUUGAUUAAAGGCAAUACUGAGACGGUGGAGUGUCACAGUUCUGGUAACCCAUAUCCAUCUAUAAAGGAUUUUACUUGGAGAAAAGGAAAGGUCGUUGUCAGCUCAAAUUCAAGUUUAGGCUGGGUAGGCGGAAUCAAAAUUCAGGAUGGAGGCAGUUACACAUGCAGCGUGACAACUACGAUGACGCCUUCAGACACCAAACAAUCUCCAGUAACUACAAUCGAAUCUACUAAUGCCACCAUCGCUGUUCUAUAUUCGCCACGGCUGCAUAAAUUGCAACAGAUUAGUGCACUGGAAGGAGAAACGUUAACUGUGAAAUGCGAAUACAAGCAUGGUAACCCAGGGAAAACAACAGUCCUUAUUUCUCGGUUAAACGAUGGAACUAACUGGACUGAAAGAACACAUGUUUUGCAAUCGUUGACGCGUAGCGAUGCCGGCUUGAACCGUUGCACAGUUCGUAACACCAUGCAACCAUCGGGACAACACAAGGCAACCAUUGGAAAGCAUACUAGGAAUGGCAAGGUCAAUGUGUGGUACAAAACCUCUGUGACCCAAUUUGUUUUAAUCAGUCAUCCGAAAGAGAAUAAUGUUAUUGUGGAUGAAAACACCCCUCUUAACUUCUUCUGCGAAGUUGACAGUAACCCAAACUCAACCAUUAUUCUUGGAAGAUCGGACAACGUUGCCCUAACAAAGAGAGAAGGGGUUCUUCAUUUAUCAUUUCAUGUUCAACAAGCUGGCUGUCGUGAUACUGGAAGUUACUUUUGUUAUGGAUAUAAUAACUACACAGAGGCUGGGACGGCACCAAGGGAACAUAUGAACGUUUUUGUUCGAUGUUCACCAAGAUCAUCUGGUGGUCAAUCGGAAAGCAAUGUUACGGGGGUCAUUGGUGGGAAUGCUACCUUUUCGUUAGAUGUAUUCGCAUAUCCUAUUCCGGGAAAAGACGGAUAUGUAUGGCAGAAGUGGAAUGGGACUACGUAUUCUCAAGUUUAUAACAAUGCCAAAUACAGCGUCAACAAUUCUGGUAAUUCUACAACAUUUACAAUCAAAUCCAUUGAAGAGGAAGAUUUUUCUACCUACCUACUGACGGUGUCCAACGGAGUAAACCCAAAGUUCAGCAAAACAUUCAACCUAAGUCCUCAAGGUGUCCCUCAGUGUCCAACUGGUCUAAUAGCCAGUUUAACGACAUCGUCUUCAGUUACUGUAGAGUGGGUCAGUCACUUUAAUGGUGGAUUUACGCAAACAUUUGUAAUUCUGUACAAAACGAUUGAAAGUUCAGAAUAUUUUGUACUCACGGAAGUUGAACUUGACAAGAAGACAAAGAACACACAAACCAUAUCGGGAUUAAAAGACGGAUCGACGUAUGAUAUAAUUCUAUACUCAAGAAACGCCAUAGGAAACUGUAGACAAAAUACUUCGAUCCAAAUUGAAACUGAUCUUCUUGUAGAUGAUCCCCCGCCAUCUUAUUCAACACUUAUUGGUGGUUUGGCUGGUGGAAUUCCUGCAGUUUGCGUCGUAGUCGUCGUCGUUGCUGUUGUUAUUGUUGUCGUUUUACGGAAAAGAAUAUAUUAUAAAAAACGCGAAACUCGCCAUGUACUUACACAAGGCCAGAAACAGCAGUCUUUAAAUGCUGUUGACGAAGAUUCGGAUGAUAUCCCUAACGAGGUUGAGAAUCCAAUGUAUGAUGGCUUUGAGUGUUCAGCAGCGCGACAGGACCCUCCAGAUGUCCUUUAUACGUUGCCUAAGAAAAAGGGUGGCGACAUUUACACUGUAGUAGACAAGAAAACCAAACGACUUAGGAAAUCACAAGACAGCACGAAUCAAAAGAUGAAAGGAAACGAAAUUGCAACAAAGGAGAACUUUAAUCCUGACGGUCUCGUUUAUGCUGAUACUGUUUUUGCUGAUCAACCUAAAGAACAAACACUCUUGGGUACUCAUGGAGGUGGUGACACGACUGUGCAUGCCGAUGUUGAUCUGACUAAGAAGGCUGAAACUCUUCCUGAAAGUGAUGAAGAAGAUGGUUUUAAGAGAGAAACCAUUCAACAAUAAAAGAACUGUAGACUUACGAUGUAUAAAAGGCAUAUUUUUAUGGUAUCUUCUUUUAUUUUAUUUUUAUAUAAAACUAUCAAUGAAUAGUUUGAAUGUUUUCUACAAUAUAUAUGCGAGGUAAAGAACAAUUUAAUUGGCUAAAAAAUAAUUUGUACUGUCGUGUGAAAAUGUAUUUACCAGAAAAAAUGGUGUGGCAAUCAGCUAGAACGUGGCUUACCUUGAUAACUAAGCAUUUUAUAGAACACGCAAUAUUAUAUACCAAUUUGACUAAGUCAGUUACCAUUACAAUGUGUCAACGCUUGCUAAUCUGCUAGUCUGACGGCAAACUGUAAAUGUGUUACCAUCUGUGUUGUUAUUGUUGUUCAAAUUUUGUCAAAUUCAUAACCCAAAACCAUAGUCAAUGGUUAUAACAUUUAUAUAUGACAAUGUAAGAUUGAACAGCCGUAAUUUAUUACUAUCAUCUCAUUUUUGCAGGGUCUUCCCCAUUUGUGCCAGCAAAUUUUAUCAAAAGCCUGAAUCGUACACUACAAAAACGCAUUCAAUGACAAUUAGGACAUUGAUAAGUAAUAAUGGUAAAUUGUAAACUGUGCUCGAAUAAAUUCGUUGACCAAUUUUUGCAACGUGAUACAUAUAUUUUUACUUAGUUUUAGUCAUAAACAUUGUGAAGAUGUACACAUAAUGUUAUCAUGAAUUUAACCUUAGGCAUUUUCGUGCGAAGUUAUCGGUCCUAGUAUAUGGAUUUUCUUUUAAUCAAAUGUAUCCAAAUCAAGCUUGGAAACUACGUAAAUGAAUUUAAUAAAACUUAAGACAUCUAUAGAUAAGAAUAUAAAAUUGUUAUCUGCUGUUUGAAUUAUAACUCUUGGACCCUUUGUUGUAUACUUUGUUUUACUAUGAUUUACUUCAAGUAAAUAUUGUCUAUUGACUACAUGUUUGAGAUUAUUUUCGAGUUGACAUGCACUAAUGACUGUUUGAAGAGUAAUUUAUUAGAGUAUAAUACAUUACAAAGCCGAGAUAUUUGGCGUGAAUGACUCAAAACGGCCCAAGAGCGUUAUGAGCAAAAUGUUUUACAAUACAUUCGGUAAAAAAUGUUAUAUCAUAAUAAAAGUUCAGACCCAGUACUUUUAUCUUUGUAUGUCUUUUAGUUAAAAAUAACACUUACAUUCCGUUAAAUGUUUAGGAGUUCAUUCGAUAAUGGUGUUAGUAAAAUGCGGAAAAACGUGUUUACUUGGAAUAUUCUCAUUUUUAUUUUGCUCAUAAUAGUACGUUAUAUACGUUAAUAUUUCAUGACUGUCAUUUUCAAUUGUUUUAUCGAUAUUAAAUGCGUGACAGUUAUAUGUUCUAUGUAUUUGUUAUGGUUUACUCCUCCCCCAGUGAAUACCUGUUUCACUGACCGUUUCUCAAGUUUAUGCUUAUAAACAUAUUUGGAUGGAAUGUGGUAUGUCUGUUGUAUUUUGUAUAGGGUAUGUCUGUGUUGUUUUGUAUCUUCCAUGUCUCUCGUUAAUUGUAUUUUUUUAAGUAAUUGAAAGUUGAUUGAUGUUCCUGUUUAAUUUGAAGUAUAUGUCUGUUUUGAAUACAUUUUCUUAUUGCAUUGCUCUUUUUUCUUUAUUCGUGUUGCUUGAGUACUUUAUAUUUAAACACAUCACAUUUGGAACCUUUUAUUAUAUUCUAUAGGGUGUAUGGAUUCGAUCCUCUAUUUAUUCAUCAAUUUCAAAGAUAGAAUCCGUUGUAUUUUUGAUGUCAUUAUCAUCAUAAACUAAAAUGUCACACACAUAUCAUAACUUUCCAAUACCAUGAUUUGCGUUCCGAUAAAAUUAUGAUCUUUGCUAUGUAAGCUUUAAAUUGUCUACUUUAAAACUUAAGACAGGAUUGACAGCUCAACCUUUUUAAAGAUUCCUACCCUUGCGAAACAUUAAAGCCUCUUCCAAGACUUGUAUUAAUGCUACAUCAUCUGAAUUUGGGGCAUAAUCAUUACUACUUGUAUUACUUAUAUCGCUUAUAUGUAUAAAUAAAAUCUAUAAUCGA